CUCUUUUUUAUAAGGUGGCAACUUCGAGGGCUGUUUCCCUCAUCCAUUCUCAUCCAGCCCUGGUUGAAACACCGAAGAGUGAUAAACUAGCCGUCAAGCCACGAUGGCGGCGUUUCCACCGCAAAUUCCGCCGGGACCUCCGCAACCGGCUGUGCCAUCGUUAGACCUUACGGGUCUCUGUUUUCGCGAUCAGAUAUUUCUGAAUUUCGUUGGCGGUUGCCUCGUGCCCGGUAACGUGUUCGAUUAUUUCGCCAACUCGCCGUUCUACGAUCGCACGUGCAACAACGAGCAGCUCCGGAUGCAAGGCAUCCACCCCCUCGACACUGCGCGCCUCAGGGAGAUGGUGGGGUGGGAGUACUCGCUGCACAUGGCGCAGGAGCCGCACCUGUUUGUGCUGCGCAAGCAGAAAAGGGACAGUCCUGAUCGCACCACGCCUGUAGCAGCAUACUACAUCCUUGACGGAUCCAUCUACCAGGCGCCCUCCCUGCACGCCGUCAUUGGCUCCCGCAUAUCCCGCGCCUUGCACCAUUUACGGGCAGCCUUUGCCAUGACCCGGGCGGCUCUUGACAAUCCCGAAGCUGCCCGGUCGAAAGAAGAUAAAUCCGAGCCCGAGGCAGACACAGCGGAAGGCCCUGACACGCCAGCAGCAUCAGAGGCAAUGCCGAGUGCAGCGGACGUGAGAGAGAUGGCGCGGCUAGACCAUGUCAUCAUGGGCGUUGUGAGGAAACUCACUCCAGCUCCACCUCCCCCAGACAUCGCCUUGCCUUCACUGCCACAGCCAGCAGCAGCAGGUGAAGCAGCAACAGCAGAGGACAAGACAGGAGGAGCGGAUUCGUCCGCUGCUGCUCGUGCUGCUGCAGCUACUGGUGCUGCUGCUGGUACUGCUGCUGGUACUGCUGCUGGUGCUUCUGCUGCCCCUGCAACUGGUGCUGGGGCCACUACUACAGGGGCCAGCAAGAAAGGGGGAACGAGUAAAGCGUCUGCAGCAAGGAAGGCCGGAACAGGGACUGCGAAGGCGAAGGCUGGGACAGGCACUAAGGCUGGAGCUGCUGGGAAGAGUGGGACCGCUGGUGGUGGUGCUGGUGGAACAGCCAAGACAACAAAAGCAGCGCAUCCCAAGCCCACACAAGAAGGGGAAGGCAGGAAAGUGAAGAAGGCUAAAAAGGCUUAGUGCACAGCCCUUCCCAGACUCGCCUCUCUCGCCUGAAUCAUGGCAAUGCCGAGCCCAAUAUUUCGUAUAUUUGGGCUGAGAAAAGCCCUAGGAACUUUCCAGAGACAAAGUCCCACUUGUACAAGGUGUUGAGUAGUGCAGCGGAAGUGUUGAGUAGUUGAACCCUUGCACUAGUAUGUGAGAGCAAGUGAUUGAUUAAAGAAAAUAAGCUUACAGCA